AUGAGUAAGCGACAGAGUCCUUCUUCCCAGUCAUCAGAGCAGCCAGCUUUGUCGCUGGAGAUUCCAUCAACCGUAGAUUCAAAUCGGCUGACGGUCCAGAAUGAUCACCCUCGGACGCCAAAUUCGAUAGACGGGGACACACUACGUCCCCGAUCAGAAUCAUUCGCUUCAAAUGCAGACACCGUCGCACGGUCCCGGGCAAACUCGGAAUUCACCAUAUCGAAAGAAGCCUACGAUGAUGUACCUCUAUCCGAGGCGCUGACUCCGGAUCCGCGCAAUGAGCAGGAUUUCCGGGUCGAGAACAACAAGUUCGCCUUCUCCCCGGGCCAGCUCAACAAGAUGCUCAAUCCCAAGUCGCUCGCUGCGUUCCAGGCGCUCGGGGGACUGCGCGGGCUGGAAAAAGGUCUGCGGACCGACUUGGCGUCUGGGUUAUCCGAGGACGAAGCUCUCCUAGACGGUACGGUCGAUUUUCAGGAAGCCACUUCUAGCGACCAGAAACUCUCAAAACAAAUUUCACACGACGCACCGGCGGCACCAGCACCAGCACCAGCAUCAGGCGGCGGGUCAAGAUUCCAGGAUCGUAUUCGCGUUUUCAGCCAGAAUAAGCUGCCUGCGCGGAAAUCGACUGGUUUCCUGAAGCUGCUGUGGUUCGCUUACAAUGACAAGAUUAUCAUUCUGCUUACAAUAGCCGCUAUCGUCUCGCUGUCCCUGGGUAUCUACGAAACAGUCGAUGAGGGGCAUGGGGUGGACUGGAUCGAAGGUGUCGCCAUCUGCGUGGCUAUUCUGAUUGUAACUGUCGUGACUGCCGUGAAUGACUGGCAAAAGGAGAGACAGUUUGCCAAGUUGAAUAAGAGGAAUAGCGAUCGGGAAGUCAAGGCUAUUCGCUCAGGCAAAGUUGCUAUGAUCUCCAUCUUCGAUAUCACGGUCGGUGAUGUGCUCCACUUGGAACCCGGCGACUCUGUUCCUGCAGACGGUAUUCUCAUCUCUGGUCACGGAAUAAAAUGUGACGAGUCCUCCGCCACUGGAGAAUCGGACGCGAUGAAGAAGACCAAUGGACAUGAGGUUUGGCAGCGCAUUGUCAACGGAACCGCCACGAAGAAACUAGACCCGUUCAUGAUCUCAGGCAGUAAGGUCCUCGAAGGAGUAGGGACUUACCUCGUGACCAGUGUUGGACCGUACUCGUCCUAUGGCCGUAUCUUGCUCUCUCUGCAAGAGUCGAAUGAUCCCACUCCUCUUCAGGUGAAGCUGGGAAGACUUGCCAACUGGAUCGGAUGGCUUGGCUCUAGCGCUGCGAUCAUUUUGUUCUUCGCCUUGUUCUUCAGAUUCGUUGCCCAACUGUCGAAUAACCCUGCCAGUCCUGCGGUCAAAGGCAAGGAAUUUGUCGAUAUUCUUAUCGUUGCGGUCACGGUCAUUGUUGUGGCGAUUCCCGAGGGCCUUCCCCUAGCCGUAACACUAGCUCUUGCAUUUGCCACGACGCGAAUGGUCAAGGAAAACAACCUCGUCCGUGUCCUUCGUGCCUGCGAGACCAUGGGCAAUGCCACUGUUAUCUGCUCCGACAAGACCGGUACUCUGACGCAAAACAAAAUGACUGUCGUCGCUGGGACCUUUGGAACCCAAAAGAGCUUCAGUCAGGACAGAAAGGAGGAUGCCGAACCGUCAGGCGACUCCACGACCGUGGCCGGGAUCUUCAAGCAAUGCUCAACUGCAGUACGCGACCUGAUCAUCAAGAGCAUUGCGUUGAAUUCCACCGCGUUCGAGGAAGAGAAGGAAGGGUCCAGAGAGUUUAUCGGAAGUAAGACCGAGGUGGCAAUGCUGCAAAUGACGAGAGACUAUCUCGGCAUGGACGUGACUACCGAACGUGGCUCUGCGGAAAUUGUCCAGCUGAUCCCCUUCGACUCCGCCCGCAAGUGUAUGGGUGUGGUCUACCGUGAGCCCACGGCAGGCUAUCGUCUCCUGGUCAAAGGGGCCGCCGAGAUCAUGGUCGGCGCAUGCUCCUCGAAGGUCUCCGAUCUUAGUACGUCUUCGGAUGGUGUUAUGGUCGACAUGUUCACCGAGACAGACCGCCAGAAGAUGCUUGAUACGAUUGAGUCUUAUGCUGUGAAGUCCCUGCGCACCAUCGGUCUCGUGUACCGGGACUUCCCAAGCUGGCCUCCAAAGGAUGCACAACGCGUGGAAGACGACCCAUCUGCUGCCAAGUUCGAAGACGUCUUCCGUGAUAUGACUUGGCUUGGUGUUGUGGGUAUCCAGGAUCCCCUGAGACCCGAGGUGCCAGCUGCGAUUCAAAACUGCCGUAUUGCUGGUGUGCAGGUGAAGAUGGUCACUGGUGACAAUAUCGCAACGGCCACCGCUAUCGCCCAAUCCUGCGGAAUCAAGACAGAGGAUGGCAUUGUCAUGGAGGGUCCCAAAUUCCGUCAGCUGUCAGACCAGGAGAUGGACGAGGUCAUUCCCCGCCUGCAAGUUCUCGCCCGUUCCUCGCCCGAAGACAAACGGAUCUUGGUGGCACGGCUCAAGAAGCUGGGCGAAACCGUCGCUGUCACCGGCGACGGCACCAACGACGGACCAGCCUUGAAGACGGCUGAUGUCGGUUUUUCAAUGGGCAUUGCAGGCACGGAGGUUGCCAAGGAGGCCAGCUCUAUUAUCCUCCUCGAUGACAACUUCAAGUCUAUCGUUACGGCAAUCGCCUGGGGCAGAGCUGUCAACGAUGCCGUGUCAAAGUUUCUCCAAUUCCAGAUCACAGUCAACAUUACUGCUGUCAUCUUGACCUUUGUCUCGUCGCUCUACAGCAGUGACAAUACGAGUGUCCUGAGUGCGGUUCAGCUGCUCUGGGUCAACCUGAUCAUGGACACCUUUGCUGCCCUCGCACUUGCAACUGACCCCCCGACAGAAAAGAUUCUCCACCGCAAGCCCGUCCCCAAGAGUGCAUCGCUUUUCACUGUGAUUAUGUGGAAGAUGAUCAUUGGACAGGCCAUCUACCAGCUUGCCGUCACCUUUAUGCUCUACUUCGCUGGCGACAAGCUUCUCGGAAGCCGUCUCGGCACCGACAAUCGUCAGUUGAAGCUCGACACUAUCGUUUUCAACACCUUCGUUUGGAUGCAAAUUUUCAAUGAGUUCAACAACCGAAGACUUGACAACAGGUUGAAUAUCUUCGAAGGCAUGUUCCGGAACUACUGGUUCCUCGGCAUCAACUGCAUCAUGGUCGGGGGUCAAGUAAUGAUCAUCUACGUCGGAGGUGCAGCCUUUAAUGUGACUCGCCUGGACGCUGUUCAAUGGGGUAUUUGCAUCGUCUGUGCCAUUGCCUGUCUGCCAUGGGCAGUGGUCUUGCGAUUGACACCCGACCGGCCUGUCGAGAUUAUCAUCAACUUCGUCGUCCUAGUUGUGGGCACCGCAUUGCGGCCGAUUGGCAAGGCCUUCAGCGCCAUUUCGAGAACAGUCUCGUCCCUGAUGCGGUCUGUCAGGCGCUUCAGCCGUCGUGUCCUGCGUCGGGAUGCGGAGGACGACUCCGCGACAGAGAAGGAGGAAGCGCCCUUGGCAGACGUGGAGAAGCAGCAUACGCCCAAGGCACCUGCGACACCGGUAGUUGUGCCUCCCAUUACGAUUACGAGCUCUUAA